CGGGCGGCGGGACGCGGGCGGGGCCGGAGGCCGCGGGCGUCGUGGCUGCUCGUCGUGCACCUGAGCGCCGCCGCCCCGGUCCUCAGAGUCGCCGCCGUCGCUGUCCCCGCCGCCAUGAACCGCUUCAAGGUGUCCAAGUUCCGACACAUGGAGGCCCGGCUGCCCCGCCGGGAGGCCUGGAUCUGCAACGUGCGCGCGGGGCCUGCCACGGCCUACGGGAGCAGCAUCAGGGCGAGCUGCAGCUGGAUCGCCUUCAGCUCUGACCGACCAGGUAUGCUGGGCCUGGCACCUCUGGAAGGCCAGGGCAAGCAGCGGGAGCCCGUGGGCUCCCUGGGCUGCCACUCAGACCUCAUCACAGACUUGGAUUUCUCGCCCUUUGAUGACUUUCUACUGGCCACGGGCUCUGCUGACCGGAUGGUGAAACUGUGGCGGCUGGGGUUGCCCAGCCAGGCCCUGCCCUCCUCAGCCGGGCUCGUGCUGGGCCCUGAGGAUGGGCCCGUGGCCACGCUUCAGUGGCAUCCCACAGCUGACGGCGUGCUGCUGAGCGCGGCCGGCGCUGCUGCCAAGGUGUGGGACGCGGCCCAGCAGCGGCCCCUUACAGAGCUGGCAGCCCAUGGGGAUGUGGUGCUGGGCGCAGCCUGGAGCCGGGACGGAGCCCUGGUGGGCACAACCUGCAAGGACAAGCAGCUGCGGCUCUUUGACCCCCGGGCCCAGCCCGAGGCCUGCCAGCGCACGGAGGCCCACCCGAACAGCAGGGACUGCCGGCUGGCGUGGACGGGCACCCGGGAGCACCUCGUGUCCACUGGCUUUAACCAGAUGCUCGAGCGGGAAGUGAAGCUCUGGGACACACGUCACUUCUCCGAGGCCCUGGCCACCCUCAGCCUGGACACCUCCCAGGGGCCUCUGCUGCCCCUGCUGGACGCAGACUCAGGACUCCUGGUCCUGGCGGGGAAGGGGGAGACGCAGCUGUACUGCUACGAGGUGGUCCCGCAGCCGCCGGCGCUGAGCCCCGUGACCCAGUGUGUGCUGGAGAGCGCGCUGCGGGGUGCGGCCCUGGCCCCGCGGCGGGCGCUGGCGGUCCUGGGCUGCGAGGUGCUGCGUGUCCUGCAGCUGGGCGACACGGCCAUCCUGCCCGUCAGCUUCCACGUGCCCCGCAAGGCCGUGCAGUUCCACGAGGACCUCUUCCCGGACACGGCGGGCUGCGUGCCCGCGGCCGACGCCCCCGCCUGGUGGACUGGGAGCGACCAGCAGGUGCUGAGGGUCAGCCUGGACCCUGCCCGCCGCCCCAUCCCCAGCUUCACGUCCAGCCUGCUGCGCCCCCAGGACCCGCCCUCGGCGGCAGCCACAGCUGUGGACACACCAAGUGCCACAGACCCAAAUGAGGCGCCGUCCUCCCCCGCCAGCUCUCUGACCUCGCCAUCCACACCGUCCAGCCUGGGCCCUUCACUCUCCAGCACCAGUGGCAUCGGCACCAGCCCCAGCCAGCGGUCACUGCACAGCCUGCUGGGCCCCAGUUCCAGGUUCCGGCACGCGCAGGGCACCGUCCUGCACCGAGACCGCCACAUCACCAAUCUCAGGGGCCUCAACCUGACCACACCCGGCGAGAGCGACGGCUUCUGUGCCAACCGGCUGCGCGUGGCCGUACCCCUGCUCGGCAGUGGGGGGCCGGUGGCUGUGCUGGAGCUGCAGAAGCCUGGCCGCCUGCCCGACACGGCACUGCCCACGCUGCAGAACGGGGCCGCCGUCGCCGACCUGGCCUGGGACCCCUUCGACCCCCAACGGCUUGCCGUGGCUGGUGAGGACGCCAGGAUCCGACUAUGGCGGGUGCCCCCGGACGGCCUGGAGGCCACGCUCACCACGCCCGAGGCCGUGCUCACAGGCCACACGGAAAAGAUCUACUCUGUGCGCUUUCACCCACUGGCGGCCGACGUGCUCGCUUCCUCCUCCUACGACCUCACGGUCCGUGUCUGGGACCUGAGCGCCGGUGCCGAGCGCCUGAGGCUGCAGGGCCACCAUGACCAGAUCUUUGGCCUGGCCUGGAGUCCCAACGGGCAGCAGCUGGCCACAGUGUGUAAGGAUGGACGCGUACGGGUCUAUGCGCCCCGAAGCGGCCCAGAGCCCCUGCAGGAGGGCCCAGGGCCCGAGGGGGCACGUGGCGCCCGCAUUGUCUGGGUGUGUGACGGCCGCUGUCUGCUGGUGUCUGGCUUUGACAGCCGAAGCGAGCGCCAGCUGCUCCUGUACGCAGCCCAGGCCCUGGCAGACGGGCCCCUGGCCGUGCUGGGGCUCGACGUGGCCCCAUCCACGCUGCUGCCCAUCUAUGACCCGGACACAGGCCUGGUGCUGCUCACCGGCAAGGGCGACACCCGCGUGUUCCUCUAUGAGCUGCUUCCCGAGGCCCCCUUUUUCCUGGAAUGCAACUGCUUCACCUCCCCGGACCCCCACAAGUGCUUUGCCCUCCUGCCCAAGACGGAGUGUGACGUGCGGGACGUGGAGUUUGCCCGGUGCCUGCGACUCCGCCAGGCCUCCCUGGAGCCUGUUGCCUUCCGGCUGCCCCGGGUCAGGAAAGAGUUCUUCCAGGACGAUGUGUUUCCGGAAACAGCUGUGACCUGGGAGCCCGCCCUCACUGCCCAGGCCUGGCUGAGCGGCACCAACGGGCAGCCCCGGUUUCUCAGCCUGCAUCCCUCCGACAUGACCCCAGUGAGCCAGGCCCCCCGGGAAGCCCCAGCCCGCCGAGCCCCCUCCGCCGUCUACCUGGAAGAGAAGUCAGACCAGCAGAAGAAGGAAGAGCUGCUGAGCGCCAUGGUGGCGAAACUGGGGAACCGCGAGGACCCGCUCCCCCAGGACUCCUUUGAGGGCGUGGACGAGGACGAGUGGGACUAGCCUGCCCACAGCGCCACCGCCUGGCCUCACCCCUGCACUAGAAGGCACUCCAGCCCUCCUGCUGCGUGCACUGUCCACACCCCUGCUUUCUUGGGGACCUGCUGCAUCUUCUCAGCUGCCUGCUCGCAUGUGGAACCAAGGUUGGGACAGGGCAGUCCCCAGGCAGGCCCUGGGCUCCCUGUGUCCCUCUUCCACCUGGGCUGGCGCCGGCCUGGGCUGACUCUUGUUUUGUACCUGCUCCCCUCCCCCAUCUUGCCUGCUGCCCCAGUUCCCAUGGAUUUGGGGGCGGGCCCCCCCCACCAGGCAUUUUGGAGCAGCACCCACCUCAGGGGCCUGGGCUCUCCCGGUGUGAUGCCAGGAACGGGGCCAUCCGUGAGCAAGUGGCCAGUUAAAGGCGCCUUGCAGGGCCUGCACGUGCCCCAGAUGUCUCAGCUAUUAAACUU